GAGAUUUAAAUACUUGCACAAUAUCUAUGCCAAGGUUUGGUACGCCAGAUUCCAGUCCUUUAUUGCGGUAAUUCAGAUGCCAAGGUUUGGUACGCCACAUUCCAGCCCAUUAUUGCGGUAUUUGAGAUGUCAAGGUUUGGUACGCCAGAUUCCAGUCCUUUAUUGCGGUACUUCAGAUGCCAAUGUUUGAAUCGAACAUGUAAUACACAUUUCCCGGAAAUGGUAUAUUGGAUAAGCAAUUAAGAACUACGAUCAGAACGACAGAAUGAUGAAGAUCAAAGGCGGAUCAACCAUUAUUGCAUUCACAACACUUCUUCUGACAUUAUUUUUCCAGGCAUGGUGCCAAGACUAUUUCCAGUACCCCUGCAUUGAUAAGUGCAAGGAAUCAGAGUGCGACUUACAUGGAAAUUGCCUGGAAUGUGCUGACCAAAAUUUCACUGGUGGUACAUGUGAUAGGUGCAUUAAAGGAAAAUAUGGCAGUCAGUGCGACUUAAAUUGCCCUCUAAAUUGUCUAUCUUGUGAUUCUGCAACUAAAUGUAGUUCAUGUAAAAGAGGGUUUAAUGGUAUCACGUGCUCCGUGAAGUUGGAAUGCCCGGAUAAUUGCUACAACGAUAAUUGUUCAAGCUUGAGUAUAUGCGGUUCAUGUAAGAAUGGAUAUUUUGGGGAUUAUUGCAAUGUUUCGUGUUCAGAAAAUUGCAAUAACGGCAUUUGCUCUCAGGAUGGUUCUUGCAUUGAAGGCUGUAAGGAAGGAUUUUAUGGACCAAGAUGUGAACAAAAUACUUGUCCUGUUAAUUGCAAAUGCGAUCAAAACAACAGCUGCAUUGGAUGUAAAGACAAUUAUUUCGGGCCUUCGUGCAGUCUUACAUGUAGUUCGUGUAAAGAUAACCAAUGCCCAGAACAUCGUUUAAUGGCCGAGAAAUGUGAUGCAUGUGAAGAAGAAACAUAUGGUAGUCUUUGUAAUGAAACUUGUCGGCAACAUUGUUUAAAUAAUAGAUGCGACCAAGACAAUGGGUCAUGUACAUGUGGAAAAGAGUACAAGCUGGAAGUAGGAAAAUGUGUUCCUAGUUCUUGUCCCGCUAAUUGCUCAACAUGUACUUCAUUAGAUAGCUGUGACUCGUGCGUUGAUAGAUAUUAUUAUGGAGAAACUUGUGAACAUAAAUGUACUCAUUGUUCGCCAGGAACAAACUGUAGGAAAAGUGACGGCUACUGUUGGAGUGCAUGUGCUGAUGGUCUUACUGGUGAUAUUUGUGAUAGCCCUUGUUACGCAGGAUGUAAAACAUGUCACAAAACGAAUGCUAAUAUAUGUUCAUCUUGUAAAACUGGAAGGUAUGGCAGAGACGCAUAUUACUUAACAUGCAAAAACCUUUGCAAUAAUAACUGUAUGAACAACACGUGUAACGCUUGGUACGGUAAAUGUGACCAAGAUUGUGUGAAUGGAUUUAAAGGGUAUUAUUGUACCGAUACAUGCCCAAGACAUUGUUUGAACGAAACAUGUGAAAGAAACACUGCUGCAUGUGUUCACGGAUGUGAUGAGGGUUAUUAUGGCGUUGGGUGUUCAUAUUCAUGUGUGAGAGUGCAAUCGAACUGCCUCGUUUGUUCUUCAAAUGGAAACAGAUUUAGUUCUUGUACACGGUGCACUAAUGGGUCAUACCCAGGAUCUAGCGGGAAGUGCGUUCCAUGUGAACCAAAUUGUUCGGGAGGAUGUAACUCAUCCACGGGAGUAUGCUUUGUAUGUGUAGAUGGAUAUAGGGGAUCGUUCUGUAAUAUUUCAUGUGCAUCGAAUUGUAAAUCAUGCCUUCAGUACAACGAUGAAUGCAAUGUAUGCAAAGAACAGUUUUGGGGAAGUGACUGCUUAAACAAUUGCAGCACAAACUGCAAAUACGGGAAUGAUUCAAUGUUCACCUGUAAUGUACAUUCUGGGAAAUGCAUACAUGGAUGCCUAUCUGAAUCGCAUGGAUUACAGUGUUCUCUUCUGUGUGACAAGCAUUGCAUCCCUUCUGAAGGUGGGGUUCGUGAGUGCAACCAAAUGGAUGGCCAGUGUACAUCAGGUUGUGAGACGGGGUACAAACAAACCGACGCUGGAUGCAUUAUGGCAUCCGUCGUAAACCCAUUAAACAAAAAUGGUGGCGCCAGUGAUUGGACGUCUGGAUCAGUUAUAGGUGGCGCUGUAGGUGGUGUUAUCGCCCUUCUUACAGUUGCCCUUGUCAUCGGACUUUCCAUCUUCAUAAGGCGAAGAAGAAAGGAUAGCACCGACGGCCCUAAGACAGACGCAGCAGAGGAAAACAGCGUAGUCUACCAGAACACGAGUGCUUCUGCCAAUAUUUACAAUGAACUCAACGAUAAAACGGAUAAAAUGAAACCUAGCAAAGGGCAUGAAAACAAUGCUAAAGAGUCGCCUACGACUUCAACUAAUGACAACAAACCGGAUCGUCCCUCCGACUCAAACUUGUUGGCUACAAGAGGUUCAACAGAACAACCAAAGACAACCAACUUAAUACCAUCAGCAGGAAAAUCUGAUGAUUUGGAAAACAGCGCGAAAUGCAAGACACCUGUCGAAGAUGCGUCCAAAGACAUAUUACAGGACAAAGACACCGAUGAUGUGUAUUACAAUCUGAAUAAGGUUGCUGUCAAAAACCUUGGAGCUUUUGUGGCUGCUAAAGACAAGUCAUAUUACCUUAAGGAGUUUAAGAAACUUCCUGAAGGUUUGGUAAAACCCCAUCAAGAUGCAGUGAUGCCAGGAAAUCGUCCAAGAAAUAGAUACCAAGGCAUCUACCCAUAUGACGACACCAGAGUGAAAUUGACGGGCGGAGAUACGGAUUUUAUCAACGCCAGCUUUGUAGACGGAUACAAACAGGAAAAUGCAUACAUUGCAUCUCAAGGUCCAACAGAUAAGACCAUGCAGGACUACUCGGUGUUUUGGCGGAUGGUUUGGCAGCAGAAAGUGGGCAAGAUCGUCAUGCUCACCAAUUUAGUGGAAGACGGGAAACCAAAAUGUGACCAAUACUGGCCUGACCAUGGACUCACCAAAAAAUGCAGCGAUAUAAAUGUGACGGGUUUAAGUGAAGACAUGUACGCCGACUUCGUGAUGAGGACCUUUUUAGUGAAAAUGGAUAAAGAGGACAUGACAGUCCAACAUUUUCAUUUCACCACCUGGCCUGACAAAGGGGUCCCCGAUGAUGUAACUUCCCUGGUCGAUUUCCGUCACAGGGUUUUACAAACAAAAUCGCCACUUGGUGGACCUACAAUCGUUCCCUGCAGUGCUGGCGUUGGCAGGACGGGAACGUACAUAGCUAUGGACUUGUUGACAAGAGAGGGCGAAGCGGAAGGAUCCGUUGACAUACAUGGUUGUGUCACCAAUCUCAGACAUCGUCGUACACGUAUGGUCCAAACGGCUGAUCAAUAUGCCUUCCUGCACCACGCAAUUGUUCACACGUUAGCGUUUGACAGUAAACCCGUUCAAACGGAGGGGUUUGCGACCUACAUGUCGGAUUCGGAGAACGAACAGAGGCUAAUCAAACAAUUCAAGCAACUGGAGAUUACCAUGGAAAGAUCUGAAGAGGAGCAACAAGCAUCUGAAAGAAAUUCAGCCUUAACAAAGUCCAACAGGGAGGGCGCUGACAUUCCAGGUAACUUGUACAGACCUAGGUUGCAUUUAGGAAAAGAACCAGGGCAUGGUUAUAUCAACGCCAUGUAUGUUAAUAGCUACAAACAACGGAAUCAUUUAGUACUCGCGAUGACCCCGAUUGAAGACACCGUGGCUGACUUUCUCUGCCUCACGAUGCAGGAAAAAGCCGCCUGCAUCGUCGAUAUGGAGAAAGAACGCUCCUUGUACAUUCCUGAUCUUGACACACAGACGCAGUUUGGUUUAUAUACAGUAGACAAUCUGCAACAGAAGUCAACAAUAUACAGUGUCAACAGGGUGCUUAGAAUAAGCUACAACGGCCUGGGAGGAUCUUCUGAACAUACGGUAUCACACUACCAAGUGACGGCCUGGCAAGACAAUGUUAAAGCUCCCGAAUCCGCAACACACUUCUUGCAACUUGUCAAGGAAGUAGAGACAAAGGCCGCAUCUGGAUCAGUCAUUAUGCAUUGCAAGACUGGCGGAGGGCGCUGCGGCCUGUUUGCGGCUGUUUGGACGCUUCUGGAGAAAACAGGCAUAGAGCAUGAGGUUUCGGUGUUUAACACAAUUCGUCAGCUGCGGGCGAGACGGCCAAAUGUCGUAAGGACAAGAGAGCAGUACGCAUUUUGUCACGAUUGUGUGCGCGAGUAUCUGCAAUCAUUCGACAUCUACUCCAAUUUCUCCUAACAAUUUAAGUUGCCAUUAUUUUGUUCAUUUGUAUAUGCAAUCGUAUGAAACAUACGUAUGUGGAACAUGACUCACUGUAAAGAUGUUUUUGUCAUGAUUAUGUUCUGUUUGCAAUCAUAUGGUGCAUACUAAUACUUUUGUAACGGAAACACAAACUAUAACCUUGUACGAUUGAUGUAUAUUUGAUUGCUGUUAUGAAAUUAAAUGUGUAUAUAAUUAAAUAAUGCAAAUUACGUGAACAAGUUAAUCAGCAGGUGGUCUUGUCAUACACAGUGUAUAUAGCCAAAAGAAGUAUAUAUAAAAUAUCAACGUUUUGCAUAUAUUUAUACUUCUUUGAUAUAUUUUCUCAUUUAGUGGUAUUGUCUCCAUAUAGAGUAGUUCAUGCUUAAGUUUACGGCUACUGAGCUUGUUUCUUUAGUUUUCCAUAUAAAUAUGUUUUUCAUAUUAAUAUUUAUAAGAGUAAAUGAUGUUCUGUUUGUUUAUAUCAAGAGCAAAUGGUGAUAACAUGAAAUUUAUAAGUGUUAUAAUUUAUCGCCGUUCCCUUUCUAAUUUUUCAAGUUUAUUUGAAGUGAAGUCCUUGUGUUUAAACGGAUAUUAAUACCUCUUACGGGUAAUACUGUUAAUCUCAUGUAUACGUUAUAUUAAUGAAGAGCAAGCAGAGUGAGCGAGAAAUAUUGUGAAUAAGUUUGUUGAUGUCAGACUCAAACACAAAGUUACUAAAAUUUGACGUUAUUAUGCACUUCAGACAUAACCAUUUAUAACAAAAGGGCCGUAACUGAUGUUGGAAAAACCAAUGGCCCAAUACAUUUGCAUGUCCUUUUUAUAUUAACGCAAGCUUUGUUACAUUGUACUGUUUCUGUUUCUUUGUUGUUAUCAUCAUCAUAUAAUGGGUAAAUGUAUCGUCAUGCAAUAAAAUAUGUUUAAUCUAAAAUAAAAGUCAUAAGUAACAAG